AUGGCAUUCGAAAACUUCGGUUUUAACUCAAUAUCGUCCUUGCUUGAAACUAUUCAGCAACACAUUGCUGAAAUUGAUGCGAAAAACGAAGAGCUUGAAGAAAAGAUAUCGGAGUUUGAGCAACGCGCCAGAUUGGAUGUACCGAAUAACCAAGAAACACAGGAAAACAUGCAGCAAAAUCAGUCGGAUGGUAGUAAUUCGGAUGAAGAAAUUGAAGAAUUCCUGCGUGAGUUGUACGCAUUUAACGGCGAAGCGGAGGCGAACGGAUUAGCACCAGCGGAUGCAGCGGAUGCAGUGGAUGCAGCUAAUGCAGUGGAUGCAGCGAAUGAAGUGGAUGCAGCGAAUGCAGUGGAUGCAGCUAAUGCAGUGGAUGCAGCUAAUGCAGUGGAUGCAGCUAAUGCAGUGGAUACAGCUAAUGCAGUGGAUGCAGCUAAUGCAGUGGAUGCAGCGAAUGAAGUGGAUGCAGCUAAUGCAGUGGAUGCAGCGAAUGCAGUGGAUGCAGCUAAUGCAGCGGAUGCACAAAAUCAUCAUGAGAACUUGACAACAGUAGUGCACACUGGAACUCAAACUGUCACCGAAUUCGAAACGUAUGGUUCACAGUCUGAUGAUGAUAUGUCCGACGAUGAAAUAUAA